CCCUUUGGUUUGGAGAUUGACACCACCUCUCCAACGCCUUCCCCGGCCCCCUCUCCCCUUCCUGCCCUGCGUUCCUCUCUCCCACUUUCUCCAACUUUCACCAGAUAGUGUACCGAACACUAUCGGCAUGGAGUCUAACAAAGUUACAGAUACUAUCAAGUUCCUUUGUAGCUAUGGCGGAAAGAUCCUCCCUCGCUAUACAGACGGCGAGCUUCGCUAUGUCGGCGGCCUCACCCGAGUCCUCUCCGUCGAUCGUUCUAUUUCCUAUACAGAGUUGAUGGUGAAGCUAGGGGAGUUCUGUGGCUAUUCUGUGACUUUGAGGUGUCAGCUACCGAGCGGAGAUUUGGAAACUCUCAUCUCAAUCACCUCCGACGAAGAUUUGGCCAACCUGAUCGAAGAAUUCAAUCGAGCUUCGUCGUCGAUGUCCCAUCCUCUAAAGAUCAGGGCGGUCCUUUCGCCACCAAAAUCUCUCAAGAUCUCCCCUCCUCCGAGCGUCGAUUUCUCUGCGCCUAGAUCGCCGUUCGUAACCGCCGAAUCGUUGGGGAACUCGGCGGCCUACAGCUACCUCCCGCGGACUUAUUCGCCUCCGAUUGGAUACCCGGCCGGUUCUCGGAAUUGCUCCGCAAAAGGGAAUCGGUAUAGCUACCAUGUCCAGGAUAACCCUAGAGUUCUGUAUUCGUAUUCGCAUUUUGUUCCGCAGAGCAAUUACCGGUACUGAGCACCAAAAGCCAGAGACGACUAGACUGUAGUUGAAGUAAAUUACACACCAUUACAGCACCAAAAAGAAAUUUGAUGAUGGCGAAAAAGCAGUUGACCAAACAAAAACAGACAAAAACAAAAAAGCGCCCCUAUAUGGAAUUAGUUUCUAAGGAUUUUUUGAAUUGUUGUUUGAAUUAAAGAGAGAGAUAUACAUUGGA